GCAGAAAACAGCAGAAAACAGCAGAAAACAGCAUAACUACAUAGCGACAUCGUUGACAGCCCGCCGCCAUGGCCGAGGCCCCGCACAACUAUGCUGUCAAGCAGCAAGUGGUGGACAAGAUCCCCGCGCGCAUCAAGCACAUCCAGUUCGGCAUAUACUCCAACCAGGACAUCGUGAACCAGGCCGUCCUCGAAGUCUCCGACCGCAAUGUUUACGAUCUCGCGCCCGCCGCCGACAACACGCGCACCCUCACGGCCAACGGGCCUAUGGACAUCCACAUGGGCAUUUCCAGCAAGUCGGGGAAAUGCGGAACUUGCGGAGAGGGCCUCGACAAGUGCAACGGGCACUUUGGUCACAUCAAGCUUGCGCUGCCCGCUUUCCACGUCGGCUACUUGAAGCACAUCAUCGAGGUGCUGAACUGUAUUUGCAAGGACUGUUCGCGCGUACUGUUGGAUGAGGUGGAGCGACGCAGAUAUCUGCGCAGCAUGCGCCGUCCGGACAUGGACACGUUGAGGCGAAGCGCAGUCUCGAAAAGGAUUCUGGACGACUGCCGCAAGAAGAAGACUUGUCCUUACUGCAAUGCGCUCCAGGGCACUGUGAGGAAAGUUCCGGGUCACCCGCUCAAGAUCAUUCACAACCGCUACGAUGCGUUCAACCGAUCCACCGCGAAGACGAAGAAGGCCCCAGCCGGCAAGAUCGAGUUCGACCAGUCUUUCGAUACAGCGAAGGCGGCAAACCCCGAACUCGAUAAGCACCUGAAGAAGGCCGCCGACGACAUGCAUCCUCUGCGAGCGCUCAAUUUGUUCAAGAAGAUCUCCCCAGAGGACUGCGAGCUCCUAGCCAUGAUACCGGAGGAUGCGCGGCCAGAAAUGCUGAUUUGGGAGUACAUGCCCGUGCCACCCGUGGCGCUGCGACCCUCAGUCAUGCAGGAAGGCGGAGCCACAGAAGACGAUGUGACGAAUAAGAUUGGAGACAUCUGCCAGAUCAGCAGUAUCAUCAGGGCUGGGCUGGCGCGAGGCUUUCCACUGCAGAUUCUUAUGGAGCAGUGGGAUUUCUUGCAGCUGCAGAUCGCUAUGUACAUCAACAGCGACGCGCCUGGUCUGAAACAGCAAGGUCUGCAGAAGACGAUGCGCGGUUUCUCGCAGAGACUGAAGGGAAAGGGAGGGCGAUUCCGUCAGAACUUGUCAGGAAAGCGUGUCGAUUUCUCAGGCCGUACUGUCAUCGGUCCAGAUCCCAAUCUGAGCAUCGAGGAAGUUGCUGUACCAGAACGUGUCGCCAAGAAUUUGACCUACCCUGAGAAGGUGACAAGGUACAACAUCGAAAAGCUGAGGAAGCUCGUGCUCAACGGCGCCAACAAAUACCCUGGCGCCAACUUCAUAUUGAAAGACGAUGCCGAACGGACGCCUACCAGGGAGCGCACGAAGAUCUCGUUAGCCGCACUGACAAAGCACGAUCGGAAGGGUGAACGCCUAAAGUUUCCCGCAGAGAAGCUCAAGAUAGGCGACAUUGUCGAGCGACACAUCGAGGACGGCGACAUCGUUCUUUUUAACCGACAGCCGUCUCUCCACAAACUCAGUAUCCUUAGCCACAGGGCGAAGGUGCGACCGUGGAGAACGUUCCGUUUGAACGAGUGCGUCUGCAACCCUUACAAUGCCGAUUUCGAUGGUGAUGAGAUGAACUUGCACGUUCCUCAGACGGAAGAAGCACGCACAGAAGCCACCGAGCUGAUGGGCGUGAAGUACAACAUUGCCACUCCCAAGAACGGAACACCCAUCAUCGCGGCCAUUCAAGAUUUCAUCACAGCUGCCUUCUUGCUCAGCAACAAGAGUAACUUCUACGACCGACGGACGUUCUGCCAGAUUGUCAACUACAUGUUCAACGGUGACGGAGCGUACGACCCGGACACAGGCAAGACCUUGCCCAUCGAGAUCCCGCCACCCGUAAUCUGGAAGCCGCAAGCACUCUGGACUGGAAAGCAGGUGUUCAACCUCCUCAUGAGACCCAACAAGGCGUCGAGAGUACUUGUCAAUCUAGAAGCUGCAAACAAGAUGUUCAAGCCAAAGGCUGGCGUGCCUCACGACCUCAGCGACAACGAUUCGUACCUGGUCAUUCGCAACUCAGAGGUGAUGUGUGGGUGCAUGGACAAGGCAACUGUUGGUGAUGGUAAGAAAGACUCCGUCUUCUACGUCAUGAUGCGUGAUUUCGGUCCGCAGCAUGCUGUGCAGGGCAUGAACCGACUAUCCAAACUGUCUGCACGUUGGCUUACCAACAACGGCUUCUCUCUUGGUAUCAGCGACGUCACUCCGGGUGACAAGCUCAUGCAGAAGAAGCAGGCAUUGGUCGUAGAAGCGUACAAGCAGUGCGACAAGAUCAUCAGUGACUUCCAGGAAGGCAAGCUGCAGCGUGAUCCCGGUUGCGACGAAGAAAAGACGAUGGAGAACAGGAUUGGUGGAAUCUUGUCGAGCGUUCGACAAGCUGCUGGUGACAUCUGUUUCGAAGAGUUGAGCAGAUGGAACUCGCCCUUGCUCAUGGCCAAGUGUGGUUCGAAGGGUUCCAACCUCAACGUCUCUCAAAUGGUUGCUUCUGUCGGGCAACAGAUGAUUGGUGGUGCGCGUGUUGCAGACGGCUUCCACCAUCGAACAUUACCUCACUUCCCUAAGGCAGCACGACAGCCAGCGGCUAAGGGUUUCGUCAGUAACAGUUUCUUUUCGGGUCUCACACCGUCCGAGUUCAUCUUCCACGCAAUGAGUGGUCGUGAAGGCCUGGUCGAUACCGCUGUCAAGACAGCAGAAACCGGAUACAUGAGUAGACGGUUGAUGAAGUCGCUGGAAGAUCUCUCUGCCUCAUACGACGACACAGUCCGGAACUCAUCAGGAACCGUCGUGCAAUUCCAGUAUGGAGACGAUAACCUGGAUCCCGUCGACAUGGAGGGUAAGGCGAAGCCUGUCCAUUUUGACCGCACGUUCUCUCACGCCGUAACAUCGACCUGGAACAACGAUGAGCCUACCCUCGUACCAAAGGAGAUCCGUGAGCACGUCCAUGCUAGGAUGAACACAGAGCGCAACAAAUACCCGCGAUACAAGCUCGAUGGUGUGACAAGGCUAGCUUUUGACGACAACAGCGACUCGGGUAUCGAUCAGAAGGAGUCUAUGCGUGACUUCCUUGAUACCGUGGAGGACUACGUGGGCAAGAAGGCUGCCAAGCUCGAAACCACACUCCUGUACCUGGGUGUUGCGGAACCCUCCCAAAGUCUCAAGAAGCUCCCCGACGAGAUUGCAGAAAAGUACAGCCUUGCGGAUGGCAUCGCUAAGAUCUCUCAGACCGCUCUUGACACAUUCAUUGACCUCUGUCUCACCAAGUACCACCGCUCACGAGUCCAGCCAGGCCACGCUGUGGGUGCUAUCGGUGCGCAGUCAAUUGGUGAGCCUGGUACGCAGAUGACAUUGAAGACCUUCCAUUUUGCUGGUGUCGCUGGUAUGUCCAUCACUCAAGGUGUCCCUCGUAUCAAGGAAAUCAUCAACGCCUCCUCCACCAUCUCCACGCCUGUCAUCACCUGCGAACUGUCCAACAAGAUCUCUGAAUCCGCUGCACGUAUCGUCAAGGCACGUGUGGAGAAGACCUUCUUGCGCGACAUCAUCUCCUACGUCGAAGACGUCUGGCACCCUAGUGGCGCCUACAUCGCCAUGCGCAUCGACUGGGACACCGUCAAUGCACUCUUCGUCGACAUCCAACCCCACGACAUCAUCCACGCAAUCAACAGGCACAAGCCCCUCAAAUGGGGCAAAUCCGGCACCAACGUCCGCAUCUCCUCCUCACUUAUCCGCGUCGAAGUCGUCGACCCCAACGCCGCCAAAAAGCGCCCUACCAAGACCGCACGCAACCAGAAGGAAUUUUUUGAGCGCGUCCAGCAAGUCAAGGCCCUCAUCCCCGACGUCGUCAUCAAAGGCUACGCCGACUGUCAACGCGCCAUCAUCAAGAAGGACACCUCACCCAACAAGAACGGCGACUACGAAUGUCAGUUGCUCGUCGAAGGCUACGGGUUCAAAGAUUGCAUGACGACCCCCGGUAUCGAGCCAUACACCACCAAAUCCAACCAUGUCAUGGAAGUCCGCGACGUGCUCGGCAUCGAAGCUGCGCGCUCCACCAUCGUGCGCGAAAUCAGCUCCGUCAUGGGUAACAUGGACAUCGAUCCGCGUCACAUGCAGCUCCUUGCUGAUGUUAUGACGUUCAAGGGUGAUGUGUAUGGUAUUACGAGAUUUGGCCUGCAGAAGACGAGGGAUAGUGUGUUGCAGCUUGCUAGUUUUGAGAAGACGCCUGAUCAUCUCUUUGAGGCGGCCGCGAGGGGGAAGAUUGAUAGUAUUGAUGGUGUGUCUGAGUGUAUUAUUAUGGGGCAGAGUGUCAAGCUUGGUACGGGCGCUAUGCAAGUGGUAAGGCCGCUUGGGUUGACGACGGAUGAGGUGAAGGUUAAGAGGACGAUGUUUGAGGAGGGAUGGGACGCGUUAUAGGAUGGUGGAUCGUGAAGGGAGGGAAGUGCAUACUGCAUAGGCAGGGCGUUUGGGAGCUUUCAGUUCUUUACGAUUUUCACG